AUGGCGUGGGCUCUGACCGCCACCGCUGAUGCAUCUCCAAGGGCCGUGCCAAUUCAUGCUUCUGAUGUAUCUCUGCGGGCUCCCGGGGGCUAUGCGACCACCCUCGAGGACAUUGAGAACGCGUUGGACGCAGAUGAGCCCUUUGUGGCACAAGUUGGGGCUGAGCUCCUCAAGGAUGCCUACGGCAUGCUCAAGGGUGGGUGCCCGGACGGAACGGUGAUGAUCUACACGGGGCCUCAAUCCGAGGACUUGGACAGCGUGGCCAAAGAGAGCAAAGUUGAGGAGCGACAUGUACCUGGCAUCUUAAGCGGGCAUCACAGAUUGCGGCGUUGCUUUGUUAUUUCCUUUGCUGGACAUGAGGCAGUGCUCGCGCCGGCGGUUGAGUUUGUCAAGGUCAAGGCGCCCAAGGCUCGUGACAAGUCUGAGUCCAUAGUCUUCCGAGCUUCGUUUCACGAGCACUACGCUGAGAGCUUUGAAUCGAUAAGAAGCAAGCCUGCACGCGCGCUACGACAAUGGGCGAGCCGAGUCCUACCUAGCAACCUGGGGGCGAUCAUUGACAGCUGGGGCUGGGUUGCCAAGGAUGGAACAGAGGUCACAGGACUUGUCCGAGCGACCAUGGAGGCUGGAAACCAGCUUUUGGCUUCAUCCGGAAGGGCUCAUUCGGGGGUUGCCCUUUUCUUGACGCCUGUCAACUGGAAUGAUAUUGGUGUUUGCCAGCCUUCUUUGUUGUGGGUCAACAAAGAGGCCUCUGAGGACUGGUCACAGUACUUGGGGCGUGUUCGCAAAGAUGCCAAUGAACAUGGACUAGUAGCCAAUGGCAACCGCCUAGGACUGCGUCUUGAUGCCCUUGAUCCUCGCAUUGUUCCUCGACGUUCUCUUUGGCACUUUCGUGGAGCUGGUCCUGGAUGGCUCCUUGAGGAUGUGGAGCAAGUCUUGAUUGAAGGUGGCUUCGGUGAGAUAGAAAUCCAAUCCAGCACCUCACGUCGUGGAGGCGUUCUAUGGACUUUCCUAGCCUCCCGCGCUGAUUUUCGUGACUUCGUACCACUUCAGCUCACUGACGAGGAUGGCAAUGAACACGUGGCUGAGGCCACAAAGAUUAGCCGCAAACGUUCCAAGGGAAUGACAAGUGCCAUUCCAACGGAGCGAACUCACAGCUUCAAACCUGCACCUUUGGAGGACUUCAUCAAAACUGCAAAGCCCAAAGGCAAAGCAAAUGCAGGAACGCGCAAGGUGACUUUGACCACUGCAAAUACUGAAGGGGCUGCGUCGGCCUCACCCCUUGAGGACAUGGUCGUUGAUGGUGACGAAGCUACCGUCCUUGAACCUGCUGGUGCCAAGCGAAGUUUGCCAGGUGAUGAAGCUCAGGCUUCAAUAGCUGCGCCCAAGCAGCCUAAGAUUUUCAAGCUUCCAGACACGGCCCAGAUCGUCGAGAACCGCGGCAAAGGAAACUGCUUGUUCGAAGCAGUUGCUCAAGGAGUUAGUGAGAUUGAAUCCAAGCGCAUUGGACAUCGUCAGGUGAGGGCAGCCCUUGCUGACUGGCUGGCUAGUCACAGUGAUGCUGUUGAACCACAUUGGGAUGGACUUGCGCCGGACGGCACCAAGCUCAACGGUGGUUUCAUGGAGUACACGGAUCGAAUCCGACAGCAAGGGGCCUAUGGAGGAUACCUCGAACUAUAUGCUGUCAGUGUGGCCCACGCGCUCAACAUCAUUGUUGUUCACCAGGACUGCAUCCACAAGUUCCCGGCUAAGGCUGAUUCCACAGAGAUGGGCCACUUCUUGUGCCUGAAGUAUGAGGCGGCGCAUUACGAGUUUGUGAGGCUCCUUGGAAAGGAGAUUGCACAGCUAUGGCUUGGCGCUUCAGUCCCCAAGUUUUCAGGGAAUCGAGGAGGUGGUGGCCUGGCUUUUUCUGACUACGCUGACUGUGUCUCUUCGGCCCCUUGGAGAACUGCACCAGCUUCGCGCCUACGCUUCUCGGCCUACAAGGGUUCUACGUCUUCGGCUAAGACUUGUUCCAAGCGACGGCGCUCCUCAACGCGACCCAUGACUUCUGCUGAAAGUUCUAAGAGGGCAAGGCUUGUGGCAGGACCGUCGGCGCGCUCGAACCAGGCAACAGCUUCGCAACACGUUAGUGAGGACGAAGAGGACGUCGCCAAUGAGGGUAAGGCUGACCAGCAGACGGUAAAGGUGAGACCGUCUAAGUAUUUGGUGAAACCAGGCGUCUACCAAUUUCGUUGUGAGCAAUGUCCGUAUGUUGGCACCUAUGAGAGCGCAGGCUCCGCCUCCACGGGGGCCAACUACCAUCUGACUAGUGCGCAUGGUGGUGUUGGAUGCCCUGGCCGCAGGAAACAUCCCAAAGGACUUCAGCGACUUUCGGGGAAGGACGUUGCUGCUUGGCGCUGCCCAGUUCCUGGCUGUCGUGUUGGCAUUUCCUGCUUGACGCGUACCAAGCUCACCGAGGGCGGUUUUGCAAUGCUCAAAAAUGAGCACAGAAAGGCGAAGCACUCUGAGUUGUCCAUCUCCAAGUGGUUGGCCUUUGCACACAGGCGCGUUGACAUCAGUUUCACUCGCAAGGUGCGAGCCCACCACUUGAACAAGUCUGCGGCUCAACGGGUUAUCAAUCCUCGUUUUCCGGAUGGCUUUGUCUUGUUUUCUUGGCCGCGGGUAGUGCUGAGACAGAAGCGAGAGCGACUUUGUUUGCAGAGCGCAGGACAGUGUGAUGAGAAGGUCGACCCGAAGUUCGUCAAGCACCGCGUCAGCAAGCUACAAAAGCUCAUGAAAAAGCCCCCUGCUCGACAUGGAAUGGAAGAUGAAGUUUUGCAAGGUUUUCAGUGUGUUUUGGGAAGCGGCCCGGUGCCGCGUGUCGCCAUUGUUGCGCAGGAGCCGAUUCGAAAGGUGACAGCUCCUGAGCUUCUGGACUCAGACCGCGCGGUUUUUGCCUGCUGCGAGUUCCUAGCCGAUGGCCUUGUGCAGAAAUAUGUCAUCGGCUCGGUUUACGGAGAUGCCAGCGAUGAGGACCUCGCUGCGGCCUUGGUACUUCAAUCGUUGACUUUCGUCCAAAGUUUUGGCCUCCCGUGGAUCAUCAUGGGUGACUUCAAUCUUGAACAAGAUUGUGCAUGUUUUCAAGCUGCCUUUUGCCAAGGUGGGGCAAUGAAUUUGGAUUCUUAUUUUGGUCCGCUUCGCACUUUGCCACCUACGAGGUUGAAUGGACAGAGGCGCAUUGACUACGGCUUGGCCCAUCCGAACGUGAUUCCAACAACUUUGAAACAUUAUAUUUCAGUUGCUGAUCACUAUGCGGUGUGCUACGAGUUUGAAAAUUUGGCGGGCAUCCCACAAUAUAAAAGUCCGGCUCGACUGCAACCUAACAACUUGGAUGAUAAGUCCAUCGCUGAGAAGUUUGAGCAGAGCUGGUGCAGCGAACCCUUUCUGCAAGCAUUAAACCGUGAUGAUGUUGAUGCAGCUUGGGAGGCACUCAGCAACGCUGCUGAACAUGUGCUAUGUGGUCAGCAAGAAAAUGAGGCUGAAAAGUGUGGUGCAAAGCUGCCCCGUGCUAAUACAUGGGUGCCUAGGAUCGCUCCGGCCACGUCUAAGGCAGCUCUCUCAGAUGAACCUGUGAGACUUCGGCGCCUGCGCCGAUUGGGGAGAAGGUUGCGCCAGCUUAUGCUGAGACCCAACGACGAACAGCUUCAACGCACUGCAUUUAGUGCUCUGGAUGGUUUGGUCACUUCAUUUGACGUGCUCUCCGAUUGGCCUGAACGCACGCUUGACGGCCUUUGCAACGUGGUUCAUCAAACCAUACGUGACUGCGAGACCAGCUUGCGCAAGGAGAGGAUAGACAGAUGGAAAGAGCAGAUUGACGCGAGCCCUACAAAAGCACUGGCAUGGGUAAAGGCUCGUGCUGCGAGUGAAAUGGCCGCUGGUGUUUCCCCACCUGUCCAAGACCCGAGAGUCCCGCUGCGUGCUGUGCACCCUUCCAACAUCAUCUCUGAGGAGGAAGCGACUUGGACCGAGCUAUGGAAUAUCGGCCCCCAGCCGAUGGAACCCUUCGAACGCAUCCUGGCAGACAUCGGUCAUGAGAAACGUGAGGCUGAUGUUACCAUAGAGUGGCACGGUCGUAACUUGAAGCGACGAGCAAAAGCAAUGGGCCACAAGGCCCCAGGUCCUGAUGACUGGGAGCCUGCCAUGCUGGCUCGACUUCCUUUGCGUUGGUUUGAGAGUUUUGCGCUACUAUGGGCCAAGGUCUGGGAGCGUGGCGCUGUACCCAGGUUAUGGCAGAGGGCACGAGUUGCCCUGAUCCCCAAGCAGGAUGGCACCUGGAGACCCCUAUGUAUGGCGACAGCGGCAUGGAGGUUGGGUGCGGCGGAGAUUGUGCAACAACUGCGUUCAUGGGUUGAUUCUUGGGCCAGCCCUCAUCUUCUGGGAGGUUUGCCAGGAAGAUCUGUACAACAUGCUCACAUGCGUCUUCACGAAGCAUUAGUUGCUGACCCUGACCGUUUGAUUGUAGCCGAAGACCUUUCAAAAUGCUUUGAUACCAUCGACAUUGGCCUUGCUUGCAGAGCACUUGUUCAUCAUGGGGCUCCUGUUCGACUUGUUCGUCUCCUGAAGGGGUUCUACAGCUCCCAACAGCGCAUCUUCAGCGUUGCUGGACACCUGGGCACGCGCUGGCAUUCAGUCAGCCGUGGCAUCUUACAGGGAUGUCCAGUCUCACCGAUGAUAGCAGCCUCACUGCUUCAGCUGUGGACUUGGAAAGUGGUUGAGUCCCCAGACAGCUUGAUCGAUGCGGUGGUCUUUGUUGACGACAGGACCAUGUGGACAGAAGGCAGCGAAAAUCAGCGGGACGAUGCCAUUCGAGGAGCCUUGACCAGAAGCAAGCAGUUUGAUGAGACACGUGGCUGGACAUGCAGGCCCACCAAAUGUCAAUUUGUUUGCAGAAAUCCAGAAACGCAUGCUGACAUCAUCCGGGAGACUGGCUACGUACAUGAUGAAAAGCUGAAAGUACUGGGAGCGUGUCAUCGCUUGGACGGCACAUGCUCACCAGCACGCGUGUCCAGUGAAGAACUCCACCUUCGGCUUCGUUUCCUCCGAGCCCUACGUGUGCCUGCUACCAUGCGAGCCUACCUUGUCGGAAUGCUCAUCUUGGCAAAAAUGGCGUGGAUAGCGUGUGUUGCUACCGACUUUGACGUGGACAUGCAGAGCCUCCGCACAGACAUUGCUUGGGCUUUGGUAGGACACGUUGCGCUAAGAGACGCACCCAAGUGCUUGGUCUUCGAGAUCUUUGGAUGGCAGUGCGAUCCUGAGUUCGCAAUGGAGUGGGCUGCACUCACAGCGGCUGUUCAGUGGCAUCUUCGCUGUCCACUAUGGACUGACAAUGUUUGUCUUCGCUUUGCUGCCAAGCCAUGGCAGGUUCUGAUACCUGCUGCGAAAGCAGCUUUAGACAGAUGGGGGUGGAGUGUCUCGCACGAUGGCGCAAACAUCACCAAGCAAGACCACCUUGGUCAGGAGCGGCGCUUUGUCAUAGGUGUGGAUGGCUUAGAUGUCCUGAAAGCAUGGCUGGAGUAUGAGCACAAGCGACAAGCCCUCUUCGCUACAUGUCGCAUUAGUCGUUCACUUCACAGAAGCGAGGCUUUGGACUUGGCCCAGGGUGUCCUACUGCCUCCGCCUGAUGGUCAUCGCAUGUUACACGGUGCUGUCCACAAGCAGGUUUACUUCGAAGCUGGGGCAUCCCGUGCACAAAGACUUGUAGCACUUGCAUCUGGCUGUAGUGUUUGGCAUGAGAAUCAGAUGACUGGAUUGCCGCGACACCAGUGGCACACUACGUGCAUGUGCGGCAAGGAGUGGCCCAGCCGCCCUCACCUGAUUUUCCAGUGUGAAGCUACGGCUGGGAUAAGAACCGAUGCUGGCGUUCGUGCGCCAACGAAUCGUGCGCAGGAGCGGCUCCUGGCCGCCACCGUUGAGUUCCUGCCCUUGCCCCCGCGAGCAAAUGCAGAUGACGAUAGUACGCAGGUCCUUGUCCGUGCGUUUGCCAGUGCCAUGAGCCAGGAUGCGAGUUGCGUAUGCUGCGCAACAGAUGGAUCUUCGAAGGAGGAUGUCGCUGCAUGGGCUGCUGUCGUUGAGGGGUCGCAGCCAAUAGCAGCUGGUUUCGAGUAUGAGGAUCAAAGUCCCUUUGUCGCUGAGGUCUUCGGCAUCUUGCAUCUCUUGGAGGCCGCAGCCAUUUCGAUGAGGAGUACCCGCAGGACUAGAGUGCUGCUGCUGUGUGAUUGCCAAGCUGCGAUUCGUGUGUGCAAGCGCAGUUAUUCGGGUUGUUACCAGACACUGGCCCGACGAAUUUGGGCGGCGUUGGAUGCUCUGUCACAUCGUGAAAUUGAUGUCAUCCUCCACUGGGUUCCCGCUCAUGAUCGCAUAGUGCCAGGGUGGAGGCCCCCUGAAAACAUCACUGAGGCAAGGGCUCGUGCCUUGAAUGAUGCUGUCGAUGUGGCUGCUCGAGACAUGGCGCUUCGACGAUGGCAGGGCUCUCACCGAGCCAUGUGGCAUUGUGAUGCUCGCGCUGCAAAAGCUCUUGAAACCAAACUCUUGAAAACUGCUAUCGCUGUGGCGGAGCAGUAUCAUGUGUGGGUGAACUAG